ACGGCUCAUUGGGUCUUUGACUGUCCAGAGGAAGGACUGCUGUAAUCUCAGAACACCCGCCUCGUUUGGACACAUGCUAUAGGUACCUCAGUGGAAAGAACAGAACAUCUAUGCCAGGUGGCUCUCCUGCUCUCAUUCAGGUGUUGCAGCAUUACUUUUGAGGACGGACGCUGGCUAACCACCGGUGGCUGACCAUUGAACUCUGACUGGAUCCAGUUGUUCUAAGUGUGGAGAACAUCAAUGGAACUUCUGUCAAAGAUCUUCCCCUACUUCAAAACCUUAGCUGGAAUCAAGAGCACCCUCGCUCAUGUUGUACGCUUCAAAGACCCGCCCGCCGACGCUGGCCGCAGGGCCCGAACCCGACCACCCUCUGUGUGUUCUAUACGGGAGCUGUAUGCCGUCCGUAAUAAUGUGGCGCACAAGCCAGUUACCUAUGGGAAGCAGAAGCGGAGAGGAAGUAACCUAAUGCCGUUUACAUCGAAGCUGGUCGGGAUGUUUGGAUUCCCAGUCUUUAGUGGUUGCCAAAAGCUUCCCACCGAUUACUGUCCAUCCUCGGCUUUUCCACCAGAGAGGCUUGACAGCGAAACACACGGGGCCUGUAGACAGGCACUCAAAGAUACAACUCUUCAACUGGGCUGAAAGAGAUUUUUCUUUUUUUCUUGACAUGUCUUUUAACACUUCAAAUUGGUCUAUGUUUGUAUUUGUGUUUAUGUCUUCGGUCAGUCGAUGCAUUUGUACACUCACAAAUCCUGGUAUUCAUGCCGGCUACCAUCUCAACAACUAGGACUGAUAUUAAAUGUAGCUGGUUGAAAUUAGACUUACUGUCUAAUUCCUUUCACUAAAUCAGUAGAAUAAGUAAAUUGUCUUCCCAAAUCUAGUGCUAUGUGAUCAUAUUCUCGAUUUACCGGUUUUCUCCCUAAAACAAUUAACUAAAUUACUUCAUAAGCACACACACAGUACUACACUUUUUCUGUGUUUAUGUUGUUCAAAAUGUGAUUUAGACUAUUACCACAGGAUUAUCAGGCCAUAUAUUUUCCGGAGUAAUGAUCUUUCACCUUUGACAUGAUGUAUUUUGGUGGGCUGUGAUCACAACACGCGUUCUGUGCAAUGAAUGUCGACACAAAUCUCUCACUUUUAAGGGGGUGAUGUACAAAUCAAACAUGUUGUUAACACAAAUAAAAAUGUUCGUUUGGGCAUGUCUAUAGUUUUGGGUGGAUUUAGUAUCCUAAUUAAUUCAUAAUUCCACACAGAGUACACCUGAGAGACCAGAACAACGACGAAAUUUCCAGGUAACCAGGUAAACUAGGCAAAUUUCAGUCAGUCUAGAUUAAUCAUUUAGCGCAUCUCCCCUCUGCCGUCUUGGUAACACGACCGCCACGUGUUAUCAAAGCUGAUAUACAUUUAAAUGUUUCUUAUAAUCUAAGAGCGCAGUGUGAGCAGAAUGCGAGAGAAAUUUGUAUUACAGCAACUACACAAGUAGUGGCUUUCCGUAAUCAUAUCUCAGAAAUUUGAAUCGAAGAUAUCGCACACUGUUACAUGUCAAACGACCCUCCCAUGUUCUGGGGUAGUCUAGAUGGAGUCUUCAGUCGCGUGUAGGCCUUUCUCCGUAUCAGCGAAUUAGACGUCUCUUACGUAACAGAGGGGCGUGUCUGCAGGACAUGUGUACUGUACUAACAACUGUUACCACCGCUUAUCUUGAAUGGUCUGGGAUUGCUCAGCAUUGUCUGGGUUGUGUGGAGCUUUUUCUGAAGCUUAUUCUGGUGUCGCGUUAUAGUUUUAUAACAGAGCAAGUAAUAUAAUAAGAGUGGGGGGAAGAGCACUUCUUCCUAUGGGGAUUGUCGUAACGCCUCAGUAAUGCAUCCGCUCACUACCCGUUGUUUUCCCUUGGGGACAUUGCAAAGGAGCGUUUGCUGGAAGUUGAGCCUGGUCAUAUUUUUUACGGCAUUUCUUUUUUUCUUGGACGUGUUCUCAACUCACAGCAGUUUGUGCAUUGCCGUGGAUGACAUCGGGAUUCGCGGUUUCAAGCAGAAGUCUCAAGAAAACGUGUCACAUAAAAUCUGGUCAGUUGACAACAGCAGUGAAGAUGCAAAAAACUCAACAUGCAUGGACACCGGUAUCAUGGCCUAUGCACAGACCAUGUUCAUGAUGGGACUGUUGAUCGGAUCGGCAUUUUCUGGUGUGCUCUCCGACAGAUAUGGCAAAAGAAUCCUUCUCCUGGGUUGCUGCUGUGUACAGGCAACCAUGCCGCUGGCGACAGCGCUUCUACCUUAUUCAACCUUUUACCUCGCUGCUCGGUGUAUCACGGGGAUCACCUGUUGUGGCAUCCACAUGUGCAGCUUUAGUUUAGGGGUGGAGUGGAGUCUUCCAGAGGGCCGGAUUUGGCCCCCGACACUUCUGUCGUUCAGCUUUAGCGUGGGCAUGAUGUGUCUGGCUGGCGUGGCUUAUGCCUCGCGAGGAUGGAUGCAGUUUCAUCUCAUGCUUUCCCUCCCGCAGAUUAUUUGCCUUCCACUUUACUUUUCCAUACCAGAAUCCCCCCGUUGGCUGCUAUUGAACAAAAGAUCGGAUGUGAUAAAUAUGUAUCGUGCCAGAAGUCCCGAAGACAAGAACUGCCUUGACCAGCUGCUAGAGUCCUUGGAGAGUGAGAUUCAGAAAGGCAACAUGGAAAAGAGCCAGAAUGACCAAACCUCCCAUAUCACGCAGUUCAAAUCGCCCACCAUCAUACUUCGACUGCUGAUCAUGGGUUUUAUUGGGCUGGCAUCUGCACUCACCUACUAUGGGAUCUCCUUCAGCGUGGGGCACUUUGGGGUAAAUAUCUACCUGGCCCAGUUCUUCUCGGGGCUGUCAGAGGCACCCUCGUUGUUUCUGCCCUUUCUGCUGUCCCGCUGCGGGCGGAGGGCUUUCACUAUGAUGUCUCUCCUCGUCAGUGGCGUUGCCAGCUUCACAUCCCUCAUGGUGUCCAAGUUCUGUGACUUGCCCCCGUUGGUGAUGACUCUGGCCCUAAUGGCAAAACUGUGUAUGCAGUCCACGUCCUGUGUGUCUCUGCUGUACGGAAUAGAGCUUUUCCCAACAGUAAUCAGACAGAAAUGCUUUGGGAUGGUGAACGUGUGUUACCGCAUUGGCAGCAUAGUCAACGCGCUGGUGGCACCGCGGGGUGAGAUACCGCUGCCCGCCAUGAUCUGCUACAGCAGCGGGCCCUUCCUGGGAGCAGCGCUGUGCCUACUGCUGCCCGAGACCAGUGGCAUCCCACUCCCCGACACCGUGCUCGACUGUGAGAAACAGCCCCGGCUUCACCUGCAGUGCCUCCCGUUCUCCAGGGUUCCCCCUGAUCGGACAUUAGAGGGUGAAGAUUCUGAUAUGAAGGAAAAGCUGGCUCUGGAGUCCGAGUUCAAGAAAGCUGCUCUGCCCACUGAAACAUCCCAACCCCCCUAUGUGGCUUAAACUGUGUCUGAUUCAGCAUGAAUGGGCUUUGUUUUUAAGUUUUUUUUUUUUUUUUAGGUUUUAAGGUUUUAUAUUAAGUGACAGUCAGGUGUUUGAGGGGACUUGUCUGACACAGUCAUUUUGUCUGAUUAUUAACAUUUUUCACAAUAAAGUCCAGCCAAAUCUUUUAAUAUUUUACCAUAUGGUAUUCAUAUGGAACACAUACGUACCUGUAUCACAGCAGUCAUAAUUAGGUUACUCUCAAAAAUGUUCUUUUUAAAAAUGUAAAUAUGAAUUGUUUAAUGCUGCUUGUAGUUUCUUCUAUUUUUUACUUUGUUUCAUUUAUAAAAGAAAGAAACAAUGCCAAAUGUUAUUUGUUUAUUACACUGUAUUUGUGCAGUAAGCAAAAAUGAAAAGCAAGUUUUGUUUUUCUUUGGUAAAACGGAAAUAAACCAUCUGGUACACUGUUGUGCUAGUGAACUCAGGAUCUGGCAAACCUUAUAAUUUCAGUGCUGUUCAAGAAGCUAAAAAAUGCACAUUUAAAUGGAGAACGAAGUAUCAUGGUGAGAAUUUUUCAUCGUUGGCCCUUCUGCAUCAUACUGGUUAGAUGGCUAUAAUACCGAGGUUUCAUUUGGUUUAACAACCACUUUGUGUUC